UCGUGCUGUAUGAAAACACGUGACCACGCCACGCAAUUAAAUGAGAUUUUAUUUAGUCAUGUAAAGGCGUGCUGGCUUUUUUAUGUUUAAGCUUUUAAUCUUUAACACGAGAUAAUAUCAUGUCAGGUGCCGGAUAUUUCCUCUACUUCGCUUUUGGAAGUAAUUUAUUAAAAGAGAGAUUGCAGCUGAAUAAUCCGUCAGCAGUUUUUCACAGCGUCGCUCGACUAGAGGGAUAUGUGCUACAGUUUGGUCUGUGGGGAGAAAACGUGAUCACCAGGUGGAACGGUGGAGUGGCCACGAUUGAAGAGUGUCCAGAUGGGGAGGUCUGGGGUGUAGUGUGGAAAAUGGCGAACGAGGACAUUGCGUCUUUAGAUAAACAGGAAAGUGUGGACAAGGGUGUCUACAGCCCCAUGGAGGUGACGGUGAAGACAGACACUGGACCGCUUCUCUGUAGAACUUAUAAGAUGAACAACUUCAGACCCUGUGCUCCCUCACCACAGUACAAAGAGGUCAUAUGUUUAGGAGCCCAACAGAACAGAUUACCCGAAUACUACAUAAAGAAGCUGCAGGCUGUGGAGACCAAUUACUACACGGGACCUUCAAUAUUAGAUGAUAUUAAAAACCAUAAGAACUGAGUGUGUGGAAUAAGAAGACCAAAGGUCCAUCAAAGUCACUUAGAAUUUCCAAAUGGUGCUGAAUUUGUUUUAUGCUUUACAUUAAGGUUCCCUUAUCACUGGUAUGCAUCAACAAACCAUGAGUAACACUACAUAAGUAACACUGACUUAUACACCGAUCAGGCAGAACAUUAUGAUUAUAUUAAUGUAUGUAGGCAUACAUUAUGAUAAUAUUGUGUUGGUCCCCCUGACCCAUCGAGGCAUGGACUCCACUAGAUCCCUGAAGGUGUGCUGUGGUAUCUGGAACUAAGAUGUUAGCAGCAUAUUCUUUAAGUCCUCUAAGUUGCCUCCAUUGACCCCACCCCAUUUUGCAACUUACAGGACUUAAGGGAUACUUUUGAUAGAUACUGACCACUGCAGACCGGGAACACCCCACAAGAGCUGAAGUUUUGGAGAUGCUCCGAUCCAACCGUCUAACCAUCACAAUUUGGUCCUCGCUCAAAUCCUUACGCUUGUCCAUUUUUCCUGCUUCUAACAUCAACUUUGAGGACAAACUGUUCACUUGCUGCCUCUAAUAUAUCCCACCCACUAACAGGUGCCAUGAUGAGGAGAUCAUCAGUCUUAUUCACUUCACCUGUCACUGCUCAUAAUGUUAUGCCUGAUCGAUGUAGAACUUUUAAAAAAAAUCAAACAAAGUUGUGCAGAUUCAGCGAUGUUCAUUCCAUCAAUGAGUAAAAUGCAUAUUGUUCAGCAAGAACAUUAGCUUAAUGAACAUGAUUUUACUUGUGUGCUGGUAAACUUUAAAAUUCAGUCAGGAAAGCAACAUUUUACUAAAACUGUAGUGAUGUUUCAUUUUUGCUUCAAUAAUACAGACUUAUAAUGUAGUGUGAUAUACAUUAUGUAGUACCAUACUAAUUAUAACUCAAUGCGGGUUGG